GAAAAACCAGAGAGGGAGAGGGGGAGGCGCUCACACAGCAGCAGCCCACACGUAAUCCUUUCCCCUCCCUUUCACACUUGCCCCCCUGAACUCCCAGCCACUUCGCAAAUCCGGGCCUUGAGGAGGGAGUUAUAUACGCCGCGCCAACAAAUUAGCGGCUCUUCCGAGGAGCUCAGCGCGAAAAAAGGAGCCGCGAAUUUGGCUACGGCCACACACGCGCAGCCGCCGCGCCACGACGCGCUCGCUCCUUCUCGCCGCGUCUGGUGUAGGGCCCGCCACGUCCCCUCCCGCAGCAGCUGCCUGCCCCGAUGAGGCCGCCGGAGGUGGCGGUGGCCGUUGUCACGGCCGUUGCGGUGGCGGCGCUUCUGGUGGCGGGGGCGGGGGCGGGGGCGGCCGCGGCGGCUUCGGUGCCGUUGCUGCCGGCGGCGCUGGCGUUGCAGCGCGCGGUGCCGCACAAGGGGGUGGCCCUGGAGGAGCUGAGGCGGCGGGACUGGGCGCGGCACCGGAGCUCCAGGAGGGGGCUGCUCGGGGGCGUCGCCGGCGUGGUGGACUUCCCCGUCGAGGGCUCCGCCAACCCGUACAUGGUCGGGCUCUAUUUUACUCGUGUGAAAUUGGGAAACCCAGCAAAGGAAUUCUUUGUUCAGAUUGACACUGGCAGUGAUAUAUUGUGGGUAACUUGCAGUCCUUGUACUGGUUGCCCGACAUCAAGUGGACUCAAUAUCCAGUUGGAGUCCUUCAGCCCUGACUUGUCAUCAACAUCAUCCAGAAUAACAUGCUCUGAUGAUAGAUGUACAGCUGCACUUCAAACAGGGGAAGCAGUCUGCGAAACCUCGGAUUCCUCAAGCAGCCCUUGUGGGUACACUUUCACCUAUGGUGAUGGGAGUGGAACAUCAGGGUACUAUGUGUCUGACACGAUGUAUUUUGAUACUGUCAUGGGAAAUGAGCAGACUGCCAAUUCGUCCGCCUCUAUUGUUUUCGGAUGUAGCAACUCACAGUCAGGAGACCUGACGAAGGCAGAUAGAGCAGUUGAUGGGAUUUUUGGAUUUGGACAGCAUCAAUUGUCUGUCAUCUCACAACUGAAUUCACUUGGAGUGUCCCCUAGAGUAUUUUCUCAUUGCCUGAAAGGUUCUGACAAUGGUGGUGGCAUUCUUGUGCUUGGUGAAAUUGUGGAGCCAGGCUUAGUCUAUACUCCACUGGUUCCAUCACAACCUCAUUACAACUUGAAUCUGCAAAGCAUCGCUGUCAAUGGUCAAAAGCUGCCCAUUGAUUCCUCCUUGUUUACAACAUCAAAUACACAAGGAACAAUUGUGGAUUCAGGGACAACAUUGGCAUACCUUGCAGAUGGAGCCUAUGAUCCAUUUGUUACGGCGAUAGCUGCUGCAGUCUCUCCAUCUGUACGUUCUCUUGUCAGCAAAGGGAACCAAUGCUUUAUUACUUCCAGCAGUGUUGACUCAUCGUUUCCAACCGUGACCCUUUAUUUUAUGGGUGGUAUUGCGAUGACGGUGAAGCCAGAGAACUAUCUUUUGCAGCAGGCUUCUGUUGACAACAAUGUAUUGUGGUGCAUUGGCUGGCAAAGGAACCAGGGCCAAGAAAUAACUAUACUCGGAGAUCUUGUGUUGAAGGAUAAGAUAUUCGUGUACGACUUGGCGAACAUGCGCAUGGGCUGGGCCGAUUACGAUUGUUCAAUGUCGGUGAACGUCACCACGUCGUCGGGGAAGAACCAGUUCGUGAACACCGGGCAGUACGACGUGAACGGCUCCACGCGGCGCGCAUCGUUCAAGAGCUUGAUACCAGCUGGGAUCGCCGCCAUGCUUGUGCAUAUGCUCGUUUUCGGCGGCGGCGUCUCACGUAGAUAGCAGUGCAGGCGGGCUAACUGACAAUGCGAUUCGAUUCUUUAUUGCGUUGGUGUAUUUCAGAGCUGAGGGACGUUGCCGUCCCUGCUGCCCGUAGUCAGUCGUCAGUGCCACGGGCGAAGAAUACUCCCUCUGUCCCAAAUUACAAUUCGUUUUGACUUUUCUAGAUACACAUCUUUUGUAUGCACUUAAAUAUUAUAUAUAUGUCUAGAUAUAUAGCAAAAGUGAUGUAUCUAGGAAAAUCAAAAUAAAUAGUAAUUUGGGAUGGAGGGAGCAGCUGCCGUGACCUGAGCAUUCUUACUGUACAUACAGAAAAUGAAAGGUCCAUUUGAUCAUGGAGCACGGCCUCCUCUCUCUCAUAUUGCGGCCCCGUUCUUCUUGUCU